GAGACACUUGUCAGAGCACUUGUUGUCAUGGAGUUAUUAAAUUUCUGUUUACUUUCUAUUCAUCAGACCUCAGCAGUUACUUGGCCUUAUUAUAUUUGUCUUGUGGCAAAGGUAGGAAAGACGUGCUUCUUUAGGUGUACCAAUUAUGGAAUACCAAGAAAGCACCCUUUCACCCACUCCCACUUAUCUUCUCCAUAUGCUCAUACUCAGCCAUCAGAAAGUCAAGCCACAAAAAAAAACCUGUGUUUUUUUUUUUCUGUGUCUUUGGUUCUUUUACAGGUUUUGAAGAAACAGAGGAAGAAGGCAUGUGCUGUGAUUGUGAGUGCAGGCCAUUGGGUUGGCUUCUUGGCCUUCCCUUUGCCUUCCUUUCUCUCCUUGUUUCACUUGUAGGGGUGAUUAUAUGGAUUGUUGGGUUGUUGUUGUCCUGUAUAUGCCCAUGCUGUCUUUGUGUGACUGUGCUGCUGGAGUUGGCCAUUGAGCUCAUCAAGGCUCCUCUUCAUGUUAUGGAAUGGUUCACUUCCCAAAUCCCCUGCUAACCAUUGUAUUCAUUUUCUUGUUUUCAUGUUUUGCUUUAUUUGAAGAUUGUUGCCAGUUUUCAAUAGACACUAUAUAUUGAUUUGUCAGUCCCAAUCUCUUAAGAUUAUUUUAUUUAUAGUAUUCUUUCCAUUUUCUUAGUGUUUCAAAUUGAAUUAUUUCUUAUCUGGGUAUUGCUGUAAAUUAUAUAAAAAAAAAUUUGACUGA